GCGGCAUUUGCCAGCUUAAAAUUACCUACCACGGCUCGUAAACCAACACCUACCAAGCCAGGGGAGCACCGUAAUUGAGACCCACCCAUUCGUGUCCUUGGGCUUUUGUCUUGAGAAACUCUCCUCUUUUCCCUUUACGUCCGAUCUUCUGUCCUUUCCCCCUCGACGCCGUGUCCUCCUUUGUGAUUGCCAUCUACGCCAGCUUACCUGUCCUGCCACCACCGCCUACGACGCACCGACCAAGGGAGCUUUUGCGCGAAUACGUCCCAACUUCACGAUGUCCGACGAUAAGAAGAGCGACGAUUACAGAAUCGAAAUGCCUGGAGGCAAAGAAUUCCGCGCGCCGUCGCCCCCGCGCGCCUCCAGUGUGCAUCGAAGCGGAGGCACGUCGGUGACAGAGAACCCGGUUAUUGCCAUCUUCGCAUAUUGUGCUUCCUCCAUUACGAUGACAGUAACAAACAAAUACGUUUUGUCAGGAGUGGACUUCAAUCUCAACUUCUUCCUACUCUGCGUACAGUCCGUCGUCUGCGUAGCAGCGAUCUCGUUUUGCAAAGCCGCCGGUGUAAUCACAUACAGGGACUUCAACAGCGACGAGGCAAAGAAGUGGUUCCCCAUCUCCGUCCUCCUCAUCGGCAUGAUCUACACGAGCACCUGGGCACUAAAGUUCCUUUCGAUCCCCGUAUACACGAUCUUCAAGAACCUGACAAUCAUCCUGAUCGCAUAUGGAGAGGUGCUUUGGUUCGGUGGUGCCGUGACACCGAUGGCGCUCUUCUCGUUCGGAUUGAUGGUACUGAGCUCCGUCAUUGCGGCUUGGGCCGACAUUCAACACGCUUUGGCUAGCAUGGGACAGGCUGCUAGUGCGUCUACUGAUGCUAUGUCGACUCUGCACGCUGGUUAUCUGUGGAUGAUGUUCAACUGCAUAUGCAGUGCUACUUAUCUUUUGGCUAUGAGGAAGCGUAUAAAGUUGACCAACUUCAAGGACUUUGACACCAUGUACUACAACAAUCUCCUCACUAUCCCGAUCUUGCUCGUUGCCUCCAUCCUCGUCGAAGACUGGUCCGCCGCCAACAUCCAAAAGAAUUUCCCCCCCGAGCAGCGCAAUACCGUCAUUAUUGUUAUGAUCGUCUCCGGACUCUCUACCGUCUUCAUCUCUUACACCUCUGCCUGGGCCGUCCGCGUUACCUCCUCUACGACGUACUCCAUGGUCGGCGCGCUAAACAAAUUGCCCAUUGCGCUUAGUGGGCUGGUAUUUUUCGAUGCCCCGGUCACCUUCGGCAGUGUGUCUGCCAUCUUCGUCGGUUUUGUCAGCGGUCUUGUCUAUGCGCUGGCCAAGGUACGACAGAACAGCAAGCCGAAGCACGUGCUUCCCACGAGCAAUGUUCCGGUUAGUGCGAGCAGCCAGAGCAUGAGGGACAGCUUGAAGCAAUAGAGCACCUUUUUUGGAUUAAAAGGACACAACAUGAAGGCAAACGACAAUCUCAUAUACUUGUUUCUUCUGGUACCGCCGUUGGAUUGAGUCCAAUGUGUGUGCCCUCUUUCUGCAGGGUUGGCAGGGAUGUUCGCUUUCUUGUACCUCUUAUGCAUUGAGCAUUUCACUACACACUUUUAACAUAUACUAGAAUGGCUUGGCGUUUGUGGCCCAGGAAAAUUGGGCGUGAGCAUGAUUGAGAGAGAUGCUGCG